CAGGCAGAGUUGUUGUAGGUGGGCUCCCAGAGCCUGGCGCCGGGAGGGGAGGAGGUUAGGGCGGGCCGGCAGGCAGGCGGGGGAGAGAGGAAGGCGGGGCUCAGAGCCGGAGAGGCUGUCCUUAGACAGCUCUCCUCAUGCCGGGCAGUUUGCUGCAUCUGGAGGAGCUCACUGGAGAAUCUCCAACAUCGGAGCGGGCCUUCAACUACCAUCCCACCACCUGCUGAGGAGAAAAAUUCUUCAAGACUCAGAGUGCACAGCCAGCACCAGAGGCCCCGUGACCCUGGACAGACCAGGGGAGGGAGCCACCAUGCUGCAGACAUUCACUAUCUUGCUCUUUUGCAUUCGGAUGAGUCUGGGUAUGACAUCCAUAGUGAUGGAUCCUCAACCUGAGCUGUGGAUAGAGUCCAACUACCCCCAGGCCCCUUGGGAGAACAUCACGCUUUGGUGUCGAAGCCCCUCUCGGCUAUCGAGCAAGUUCCUGCUGCUGAAGGAUAAGACACAGAUGACCUGGAUCCACCCUUCCCACAAGACCUUCCAAGUUUCAUUCCUUUUAGGUGCCCUUACUGAAUCCAAUGCAGGUCUUUACCGGUGCUGCUACUGGAAAGAGACAGGCUGGUCAAAGCCCAGUAAAAUUCUAGAGUUGGAGUCACCAGGCCAGCUGCCCAAGCCCAUCUUCUGGAUCCAAGCCGAAACCCCUCCUCUUCCUGGAUGUAAUGUUAACAUCCUCUGCCAUGGCUGGCUGCAGGAUUUGGUAUUUAUGCUGUUUAAAGAGGGAUAUGCAGAGCCCGUGGAUUACCAAGUCCCAACUGGGACAAUGGCCAUAUUCUCCAUUGACAACCUGACACCUGAGGAUGAAGGGGUUUACAUCUGCCGCACUCAUAUCCAGAUGCUCCCCACCCUGUGGUCAGAGCCCAGCAACCCCCUGAAGCUGGUUGUAGCAGGACUCUACCCCAAACCAACUUUGACAGCUCAUCCCGGGCCCAUCAUGGCACCUGGAGAAAGCCUGAAUCUCAGGUGCCAAGGGCCAAUCUAUGGAAUGACCUUUGCUGUAAUGAGGGUUGAAGACUUGGAGAAGUCCUUUUACCACAAGAAGACAAUAAAAAAUGAGGCAUAUUUCUUCUUUCGGUCUUUGAAGAUCCAAGACACUGGACAUUACCUCUGUUUUUACUAUGAUGGGUCAUACAGAGGUUCACUCCUUAGUGAUGUCCUGAAAAUAUGGGUAACUGACACUUUCCCCAAGACCUGGCUACUUGCUCGGCCCAGUCCUGUGGUCCAAAUGGGUCAGAAUGUGAGCCUACGGUGUCGAGGACCAGUGGAUGGAGUGGGUCUUGCACUCUAUAAGAAAGGAGAAGACAAACCACUUCAGUUUUUGGAUGCCACCAGCAUCGAUGACAACACAUCAUUCAUCCUCAACAAUGUAACCUACAGUGAUACUGGCAUCUAUAGCUGCCACUAUCUUCUCACCUGGAAGACCUCCAUUAGGAUGCCAUCACACAACACCGUGGAGCUUAUGGUUGUAGAUAAGCCCCCUAAACCCUCCCUGUCAGCUUGGCCAAGCACUGUGUUCAAGCUAGGGAAGGCCAUCACCCUUCAGUGCCGAGUUUCUCAUCCAGUACUGGAAUUUUCUCUGGAAUGGGAAGAAAGAGAAACAUUCCAAAAAUUCUCGGAGGAUGGAGACUUCAUCAUCAGCAACGUGGACGGGAAAGGCACAGGGACCUACAGUUGCAGCUAUCGCAUAGAGACACAGCCUAACAUCUGGUCACAUCGCAGUGAGCCCCUAAAGCUGAUGGGGCCAGCAGGCUAUCUCACCUGGAAUUACGUUCUGAAUGAAGCUAUUAGGUUGUCCCUAAUCAUGCAGCUUGUUGCCUUGCUGUUGGUUGUGCUGUGGAUAAGGUGGAAGUGUCGGCGACUCAGAAUCAGAGAAGCCUGGUUGCUGGGAACAGCUCAAGGGGUCACCAUGCUCUUCAUAGUCACGGCCCUUCUCUGCUGUGGACUGUGCAAUGGGGUAUUGACAGAAGAGACUGAAAUAGUCAUGCCAACCCCUAAGCCUGAGCUGUGGGCAGAGACGAACUUUCCUCUGGCCCCGUGGAAGAACUUAACCCUCUGGUGCAGAAGCCCUACGGGCUCAACUAAGGAGUUUGUGUUGCUAAAGGAUGGGACCGGGUGGAUCGCAACUCGCCCGGCCACGGCGCAGGUCCGGGCUGCCUUCCCCCUUGGCGCCCUGACCCAGAGCCAUGUCGGGAGCUACCACUGCCAUUCAUGGGAGGAGAUGGCUGUAUCGGAGCCUAGUGAGGCACUUGAGCUGGUGGGGACAGACAUCCUCCCCAAACCUGUCAUUUCUGCUUCCCCCCCAGUCCGGGGCAAGGAACUACAAAUCCGGUGCAAAGGGUGGCUGGCAGGCAUGGGGUUUGCUCUGUAUAAGGAGGGAAAGAAAGAACCUGUCCAGCAACUUGGUGCUGUUGGAAGAGAAGCCUUCUUUACAAUAAAAAGAAUGGGGGAUAAAGACGAAGGCAAUUACAGCUGCCGCACUCACACUGAAAAGCGCCCCUUCAAGUGGUCUGAGCCCAGUGAGCCCCUAGAGCUUGUCAUAAAAGAAUUCUACCCCAAACCCACUCUCCUGGCACAGCCAGGUCCUGUGGUGUUUCCUGGGAAGAAUGUGACCCUGCGCUGCCAAGGAAAUUUCCAGGGCAUGAGGUUUGCCCUCUUGCAGGAGGGAGCCCAGGUUCCCUUACAGUUCCGGAGUGCCUCAGGGAACUCAGCUGACUUCCUUCUCCACACUGUUGGAGCAGAGGACUCUGGGAACUAUACCUGUAUCUACUAUGAGACAACCAUGUCAAACAGGGGGUCAUAUCUCAGUAUGCCCCUUAUGAUCUGGGUGACUGACACAUUCCCUAAGCCAUGGUUGUUUGCUGAACCCAGUUCUGUGGUUCCCAUGGGGCAGAAUGUUACUCUCUGGUGCCAAGGGCCAGUCCAUGGAGUAGGAUACAUUCUGCACAAAGAAGGAGGAGCCACUUCAAUGCAGCUCUGGGGAUCGACCAGUAAUGAUGGGGUGUUCCCCAUCACCAACAUAUCUGCUGCUAGCAUGGGGCGGUACAGCUGCUGCUACCACCCUGACUGGACCAGUUCUAUUAAGAUACAACCUAGCAACACCCUGGAACUCAUAGUCACAGGUUUACUCCCCAAACCCAGCCUAUUAGCCCAGCCUGGUCCCAUGGUGGCCCCUGGAGAAAAUAUGACUCUUCAAUGUCAAGGGGAACUGCCAGACUCAACAUUUGUCCUGUUGAAGAAGGGGACUCAGGAGCCCUUAGAGCAACAGAAGCCAAGUGGGUACAGGGCUGACUUCCGGAUGUCAGCAGUGAGAGGUGAAGAUUCUGGGAUCUACAGCUGUGUUUAUUAUUUGGACUCUGCUCCCUUUGCAGCUUCAUAUCACAGUGACUCCCUGGAGAUCUGGGUGACUGAUAAGCCCCCUAAACCCUCUCUGUCAGCCUGGCCCAGCACCAUGUUCAAGCUAGGGAAGGACAUCAUCCUUCAGUGCCGAGGACCCCUGCCAGGUGUUGAAUUUGUCUUAGAACAUGAUGGAGAAGAAGCACCUCAGCAGUUUUCAGAGGAUGGAGACUUUGUCAUCAACAAUGUAGAAGGAAAAGGCAUUGGAAACUACAGCUGCAGCUACCGCCUCCAGGCCUACCCUGAUAUCUGGUCAGAGCCUAGUGAUCCCCUGGAGCUGGUGGGGGCAGCAGGGCCUCUUGCUCAGGAGUGCACUGUGGGGAACAUUGUCCGAAGUACCCUGAUCGUGGUGGUUGUUGUAGCCUUGGGGGUAGUGCUAGCCAUAGAGUGGAAGAAGUGGCCUCGACUGCGAACCAGAGGCUCAGAGACAGAUGGAAGAGACCAGACCAUUGCCCUCGAAGAGUGUAACCAAGAAGAAGGAGAACCAGGCACCCCCACCAACUCUGGUUCCUCAAGCUCUCAGAGAAUCUCUGUGGAACUGCCAGUUCCAAUAUAAUAAUCUCUUCCUUUACAAGAACUUUCCUCUCCUCUCUCUUGCUCUCAGAGACCUAUAAAUCCAACUAGUUACCCUGCAAGUCAGCCCCAUCUGCUGUUCCUUGGUCUCUAAUCACCUGAGCUGGGUAAAGGGGAUUCUGGGAGUUGAGAGCUCUGCCAGUGUGAGAUGUUUUCUGAAGACAGGGUCCCCACCCCUGUAACUCCUCACUGUACUGAUUUACUGGCGCAUGAAAUUCUAUUAAAAAUGCAUUCUUCUGAAUAAAAAGAGUAUUCACUAUUUAACUGCAAAAAC